UCGAUGAAGUUGAAUAUCGAACGGUUCGCAGUAACAACACAAAGCACGUCGAUUCCGAGGAAUAAGUAAUUCGCUGGCGCGGUACAAUAAAUAGGCUGGCACGACUAUCCGUGAGUCAGAACUUCGCCUUAUUUCAUUCGGAACACACCUACCAAAACCGCUCUGACUAAGGAUAAAAUAAUUUGUGUAGUAUACUACAAUAUUGAUACUGAAUAUAUACUACUGCAUUCAUCAAACUGCUCACUUGAGUUUUCCUACAACUUUGUGGAAUUAAUUUUUCUUUUGCUGGUAAAAUUGUAAUUGACUUUGGACUCUAUUCCAGUGGAACUCCAUCCCGUGGUCGACCACAGCUUAUCAGUUAUCACCCUUCUAAUCCAAGAGCAGACGACACCUGUGAUCGUCACAUGUUCGUGUGCUAUCGUAUCGUCUGAUCAGCGUGAUAAAACCGUCUGCUAUCACGCGAGGAUAUUCAGUUAUACUAUGCGCUCUUUGCCCAACUGCAGUGGUACACCCACUCUGCUCUCCAAGACAGCUUUUCGUGAGAUCGUCAUGGAUCCUACACAGAACCUGAUGACGGCACUGAAGUCGAACAGCUUCUCCAAAAUCCGUUCCGCCAUCAAGAUGCCCUGUGUGGACGUCAACCACUGCGACGUCGAGGACAGCUGCCGCACACCGCUCAUGAAGGUCUGCGCAUCGAGUGAGCCAUCCGCCACCGCUCGCCGUGAUCUGGCCAAACUGCUCCUCGCCAAGAACGCCGAUGUCAACGUCGCCGAUAAUGACGGCUUGACGGCUCUUGCCAUCGCCUGCAGCUGUGGCGACGUCGGAAUGGUCAGGUUACUCGCCGAAGACAGCAGCGUCGAUCCCAACGUGGCCGAUGUCGACGGUAACACACCUCUCAUGCUCGCCUGCCGAGCUGGUCAUCCCGAAGUCGUCACUGCACUUCUAACCAUCUUUGGGAGAUUUGGACUCAAAAUUGACGACACAAACAACAAAGGUGUCACGCCACUGAUGGAGGCUGCUCGUGCAGGAAACACCGAAAUCUGUCGAGCCCUCGUACAAGAAGGUCGUGCAGAUGUCAACAUUCGUGAGUCAACGUCCUACUGCACAGCGUUCGAUUUCGCCAUCGAGAGCGGGCGCUGUUCCACUCCCGAGCUCCUGCUCCUGUCACCAGUGGCGCAGAGGAAGCUGAACGCCAGGCAACACCGUCAGGCAGUGGGACACAAGACGCUUAAAGAGGUCAUCGAGAACUCCAACCUGCAUUGCCCGAGGAGUGAAAGGCUUAAACCCACAAAACUGUCGGUGGCUUCGAAAUACGAGGCAUACCCACUCCCAACAGAAUACGCUCAGCAAGCCAACAGCAUGGUGUUCCAAGUUAGCAAGCGGCUCCAGAGGCUGUCUGAAGACAGCGAGGGUGAACUCAAGGAGGAGGCCGAGAUGGAGGAGGAGAGGAAGCGUGCACCGAUCAGGAGAAGGUAUUCCCUGCCGUCCGCUCGCCACUGCGUCUAUGGUGGCGGCCCCAACAAAGUCCACAGAAUCACGCCUUUCCACAACCAGACCGCCUCCGGAUCACCAAGACUUGCCCGUGGCAAGGGUACCCCAUCCUGGCUGAAGCUCCCGCCCGUUCCUGAGACGACUUCCCUUUCUCGCAGCCCAUCUCCGUCCGAGCCUAUCGUUGAAGAAUCAUCAACCACUGAAAAGAUGCCUCCUGCUUCAAGCUCAAAGUCAAACGUUGACUCCUCCAAGAUCAGGUCGGAGAGUCCGACCAGGAGCUCCACUAUGAAAUCCAUCCGCGUACUCCCUUCCAACUGCAGUGUCCAAGCCAGGAGGUGCCCGCAUGAUGCUUCCAUCGCCAGCAUGUCCUCUCACAAGCGACCUUCCCUAAGAAUAUCACACUCGUGGGAAGGUAGGCCCUCCAACACCGUGCCGUCCUACCUCUUCAGGUGAAAAAAGAAAACGAACAUUUUUUGAACUUUAGAACACUAAAUCUGCUGCACCACAUUUAUCAACGCCGUGAAAGAAGUGCAAUUUGUGUGCCAUUGUAGUAUAAUCACUCUGUUGAUACUGAUAAUCAUUUCUUGUAUUUCUUGACGCAACAAAAUCGAAGGAGAAGUUGCUUUGUCCCAAACCAUAGACUUUUUGGAUUGAAGAGAAAUUUCGAAUUUCAGAACUUUUCUUCUAGGUUUUUGUUUGUCCUCGUGGUCGGUUUAAGUACUAUUGUGCAAUAUUAUCAUGUCUGAAACUUACACAAACUGAAAUGAAUUCAAACGAAUUCAUGAAUUCAUCUGCCGAUGAAUUACAUCAUCUAUUCUUCGAAAUUGAAUAAAGGGUUCAUUUUGACAAGUGGCGAAACGAUAAUCAAGGGGGGAUGCAAAUCAGAUAUGUUUGAAGAUGUUGCUUUAUAAUGAAUAUUGAUUAUGUACUCUUUGAUCUCAAAUGCCACGCACAAAAGUAAUUGUAAACGAAUCGCCGCUUUAUCGUAAAAAUUCAUAUUUAUGAUGCCUUAUUCACUGAGUGGUCGUGCUGGACACCGCAUUGGUCAUUAUAAACAUCGAUAUGUUAUGAUUGUGUAAAUUAUUGAAAAGAGAAUAUAUAUUUAUAUCACCUUACAAAUUAA